UAAAUAAAGUCGCUUUUUAGCAGUACACAACCUCAAAGAUUUAAGAUAUGAAUUGAAAAAGUUAUUCAAAUUUUGAUUUCAUUGAGUUUCUUAUUAUAAAGUGUUACUCAAUGAAAACCUCAGACUUAUAUAACAUUAACAGUUUAGUGUAUAUUAAUAUUUUUUUGUUCAUAAUAACUUUCCAGCAAACUCACAGCCUGCAUAGAAAACAUAAGAAUAGACAUACAGUAGUAGCCUACACAGAAAUGUUAUGCAUGGCUGAUCCUAUUUUCAUUUAUAAUGUUAUGUUGGUACAUCAACAUGAGUUCUUUAGUCUUGAAAGCACUGAAGUCUACACAAAAACAUUUGCAGGAUACACUUUUGGCAUCAUCACAAAUAUGUUCCCUCCUGAGUGCUCCCAAACAUGUAACAUGAAAUCAGCGUCCAUUGAAAAAUUAUAAAUGCAAAGUAUUUUUGAAGUGGAUGGGUGGAUGGUAUGCAAUUCGUCCCAGAACUGACUAAACUCCCGAUCUCCUUUAGGGGUUCCUGAGCAUCUGGAGUUGUUUAACUUCAGACACAUUCGGACUCUGGGGGAGGGGAGGGAUGUUGACUUCACACAGAUCUGUUUCUGGAGUAAACACAUCUGCAGACAUCUGUUUAUGGCAUGAUGACUGAGAGACAAUGAAGCGAAGGAGAACGUAGCGUAUGAGGUUUAUUCGACGUGUUGAGGAGUUAAAGAGUGUUUGUGUGUGAGCGUGUAUACAGUACAGUAGUUAGGGGGGUGGUAAGGGGUUGGCUGGCCACCCUGUACAGCCCCUUCCUGACUGCAUUGCUGACAGGAAGUUUAGAAAGAAAACGAGAAACUACUUUUCGCAUUUUUUAGGUUUUGUCUGCCCUCGUAUGUAACAAGAGGCAGUAGGACGGCACGGAUUGAGAUAAAAGGCAGGAAGGAGAGAAAUAUUAGCAGGGAAAUAGUGCGUAGAAGAUGGAGCGUGAGUUUUGCUGUAUUCGGAGUCACUUUGUAAGGAAUUACGUGUGAACCAAAAGGACUUGGGGAAGAAUGUUGAGUGUCUGCAGAUCUGAAUGAUGAAAACAGCUGUUGGGACUCUGGAAACUGGAGAACUUUGAAAGGUCAUCACUGAAGUCCUGACUAUUCUUCAGAUUCCCCAAAACUCUCUGCUGCUUGUGCAUUAUGCACUAUGCUCUCCUCUGCGCCUUCCACUGGACCUCCGGGUUCCCCUACCCCACCUCUCCCGGCGUCCUUUCAUUCACAAACCUCUUCUCUUUCUUCUAAUACCCCUUCCAUGCUGACUACUCCAACGUUCCCAUUAGUUGAUAUCUCCAGCGACUCAUCCUCUGACUCCGCCCCACUUCAUUUCCCUCCUUCAUCUUCAUCUUCACCGCGACCUCCGACUUCACCUAAAAUUUCAUUUUCUUAUCCGCCUCUGAAACCCAUGUCUCCUCAAGUUCCAAAGCCAUCCCUCCCUGCGCAGCUCCCAUCUGCACUUCCAAAGAUCCCCUCCUCACCUCUGGCUAGACCACCUCCACCUCCUGUAGUUAGACCCUCAUCUCCACCCCAACCCAGACCCCCGCCGCCAGCGGUUUCAAAACAACCUGUCACCACGUCUCCAGACAACAAGAGCAAUAAACCAGUUCUUCCUGGUAUCAGCAUCUUGGAGAAACUUAUUAAGACGUGUCCAGUGUGGCUUCAGCUCGGAAUGAAACAUGACAGAGCCUUUAAUAUACUGAGCAAAGAGACACCUGGGAUAUUUUUAGUCAGGAGGGAUUUGAGUCAGAAGCAGAUGGUGCUGUCAAUCCGUCUUCUUGACCAGCAGGGGGAGCCCCAGGUCAAAGAACUGCCUGUGAAAGAAGAAAAGCAAUUGCUAUACCUUGAAGGGUCGGUUCUGGUCUUUGAGAACAUUUUUAAACUCAUUGCUUUCUACUGCGUUAGCCGGGACAUUCUCCCAUUUCCCCUGAAGUUACCUCAGGUCAUUCUGCAGGUAACUAAAUAUGAGGACAUGGAGGUUAUCUCUUCGCUUGGUUCAGAGUUUUGGACUUCAGCACUGAAUAGUCAUGAGGAAGUGGAAAAUGCUAGUGGCACUUUGGAUAAGCAUGGGCAAAGUAGUUCCUGUGAAAUACAGCUUUCCGUUGGCAGUGACCGACUUUGGUAUGUCAACCCAAUUUUCAUUGAGGAAUGCAGCAACAGUAGACCACCCACCUCACCCACCCCGGUCUUGAGAACCCAGAGCCUCAACACACCGAUCCAGGCCCCGCCCAAAUUUAAAAGGCCUCCGCCCCUGCGUCCCCGUCCUCCUAAUGUACUUGAGUGUUCACAACCACACGCAUCAGCCAAGCCAACAAAAGUGGAGUUUAAGUCAAUUCUCAGUUCUCCACCCCCGUCAGUCCAGAAAAGGGAAGGAAGUGACUGUGAGCGUGCAGAACGAGAACAAGAGCAACAGGGAACUCCUGGCUUAGACAUCAAGUGUGACACAGUCAAGCCAGCUGUCAUACAACCAAUUCAGAUGAAAGGCAGCAAGCAACCUGUUUCACACAGAGCUCCUCCAGUGCCGACCCGACGGAGGCUAUCUGAUAAACAACCUUCAGAGGAGCCAAUGCAGCAGGAGGUCACCAUCAGCGUCUCCAGUGAGGUGGAGACAGUAGACAAAGUUCCUGUAGCAACUCUUAUUUGCCUAGAUGAUGGCAAUAUGGAUGAAAUGGAAAAGACUGUGGAUUCAGAGACUCGAGUUCAGGAAGUGUCCGAGGAAGAACCUCAAGUAGCUAACGGAGCUCCUGCAAUGGUGACUCGGGCAGUAGCGACAGAAGCAAGGAGGCCUGGCGCCCCGGUGGCGCCACCCAGGAGAAAAAGACAAUCUGAAAUUCUGACCGGAAACUCACCUGUGCUUAGCACCCGAGAGUCCGCUUGCAUCCUUCCGGUAAACAACAGCAGCCCAACUCUUGUUCGACACUCGCUUUGCAUCAACACCGGUCAUCCCAAAGCCUCCGAUGUUUCUCUGUACUCUCCCGAAGGCGGUGCUCCACAUCCCGAAAACGAUUCAUACUCAACCAGCAGCACAGAGGAGGAGAUGGAUGUGGCGCCAGGUGCUCUGAUAAAAAGGUCUCCGACAAUCAUGUUGGAUCGUGCCAAGCAACGACUGUCGAUGGUGUCCAUGGCGAACCUUUCCAACGUCCUCACUGGUUUUAUGAAUGCGGACCGCAAGCUUCAGAAACGCAUUGUGGAGAUGUCCAGGGAUGGAAAUACGUACUUUGGGAACCUUGUUAAAGAUUAUCGGGGAUUUACUUUGGACACCAUGAGGAAACACACCUCUAGCACGGAGAUGCUCCAAGAGAUCAGGCAGAUGAUAACCCAACUAAAAAGCUACUUGAUCCAGAGUGCAGAGUUGCAAAAUCUACAGGAGGCGGCCGCAUAUUCUGAGGAGAAACUGGAGAUCAUUAUUGAAGCAGCACUAUGCAAAAGUGUCCUGAAACCUUUGAGGGACCCUGUGUAUAACGGAUUGAAGGACAUCCACUGCCGUUCUGGAAAUCUUAAGAAACUGAAAGAGAACCAGCAGGUGGUUCUAGGGACAACUACCACUGACUUGGGGGUCACGACCAGCGUUCCUGAAACGCCCAUCAUGGAUAAGAUUCAAAUGAAACUCAGUAACCUGCAUAAAGAAUAUUCACCACAGAAGAAGAUCGACAUGCUCCUUAAGACCUGCAAGAUGAUCUACGAGUCAAUGUCUGUGGGCUCUGCAGCAGGUAAGGCACAUGGCGCUGAUGACUUUUUGCCUGUACUGAUGUAUGUAUUGGCUCGCAGUAACAUCACCGCUCUGCUGUUGGAUGUGGAGUAUAUGAUGGAGCUGAUGGAUCCUGCACUGCAACUUGGAGAGGGUUCAUACUAUCUAACCACUACCUAUGGAGCUCUGGAGCACAUCAAGAAUUUUGAUAAACAAGCUGUGACCAGACAGCUGAGUCUAGAGAUCCAGGACUCUAUUCAUCGCUGGGAGCGCAGACGCACCCUAAACAAAGCAAGAGCGUCACGCUCAUCCGUGCAGGACUUCAUAAAUGUGUCCUUUCUAGAGGCGGGCUCCAACACCAAGACCUUAGGAGUGCGUCCAAACACUACCGCUCAGAAUCUCUGCAGUCAAUGCGCUGAGAAAUUCGAAGUGUUGGACCCUGAAUUGUACUGUCUGAGUGUGCUUGUGGACGGUCAUUACAUGGCACUCGGACCUGAGGAGUUCCCACUCACCAUCAAAUCCAGCCUGCACCACAGCGAGCCGCGCAAGGAGUAUUACUUUGUGUACCGCCACGGCCGCUGGCCGGAACAAGAGUCUGUGGAGGAGACGGCCCCUACGCCCGCACCCGAAGAGGAUUUGAUAUGAACUGUGCGUGUAUAUGUGUGCAAGAGUCCGUGAGAAGUCUUAUGAAUGGACAACUUUAAUAUACAGAAGAAUGUAACUAACUGAAGCACAGUUUACACACUAUGGUGCACACUAUGGAGUAUUGAGACUGGCUUACAAACAAUCAGCGUUGGCUUUAAAAUGCGUUUUUGAAACCAGCAGGAUUGGAAGAUCAAAUCAUUUUUUUUUAAAGAAGCAUGGUAUGCUUCAUAUAAAGAGCGUGCAUCAAAUAAUCUAUUUUGUUUUUGAGACACACACGCACUAACCUGACUUUUAUGGGGAUUUUCUAUGACGUAAUGACUUUUAUAUUGUACAAACUGUAUAUUCUAUCCCAUUUCCUUAAACCUAAAACCUAAAACCUUCUGCUUAAAUAUUUUGUAAGAUUUAUAAGCUUGUUUAAUCAAAAAUGUCCCCACAAGGUCAAAAAAUUGUACUGGUAUUACAAUCUUUGUGGGGACUUGGUCAUGCAUGCGCACACACGCUCACACGCACGCACAGAGACAUCAAAACGAAGAUAUAAUCCUUCACCUUAUUUUUGGCUUUAACUUUGAAAUGAAACUUUUCAGCCAAAGCUUUUCACAUCUCAGGGUUCGUGACUCAUACCUGAUUCCAGUGUGAAUUUCUUCAUUGACGUUUUUAAAGCAUUGUAUCUUUACAGACCUUGAAACGGUUUGCAUCUGCACUGCUCUCAUUUUAUAUUUUUUGUAAUUUACAAGACUUACUCUAUGUGCAAAAUUAUGUCCAUUUUUACAGUCUCAGGUUGUUCCUUGAACAGCCCAGUCACACGAAAUUAUGUACCUAUAGUGACAUAAUUUUUUGAUUCUUUUUCAUGAUACUGUCACAAAUGUCCCCGUUUUUUCGUGAUCGUAUCACGAAUUUCUGUUUAUGUGUCAUUGUCACGUAUUGGUUACUCAACUGUUUUGUCCUAUUUUCUUACCAUUGUCACUUCGGUUUAGGGUUAGAAUGACAUCCUUACCCAAACCUAACUCUAACCGUAACGCCAGGCGACAAUGUUUCAAAAUUUAGAAAAUAUAAAGAAAUAAAUCAGAAAAAAUAGUAUAAACCAAUACUUAAAUUGACAUCCUAAUGCAAACACCAAAUCUAAUCCUAAACUGAAGCGAAAAUGAUUUGAAAAUAGGAAAAAGCAGUUGAGUAACCAAUACGUGACAAUGACACAUAAACAGAAAUUUGUGAUGCGAUCACGGAAAAACUGCGGAAAUUCGUGACGGUAUCAUAAAAAAGAAUAAAAAAUUAUGUGACUAUAGAUACAUAAUUUCAUGAGACUGGGUAGUCCUUGAAUGUGUCUGUGAUGUUUCAGUUUCAAAUACCCCAAAGAUAAUAUGUUAUAGCAUAUCCAAAAUGCCCCUAUUUGGUUUGGAGCAAAAAAGUGCUGUUUUCAAAUGAGCUACAGCUCCUUACUCCCUUAUCAACAGACAGCGCUUUCAGUUAAAAAGAUAUAAUUUCUGUGAAUACAGUCUGUAUCUUUAGUCACAUUGACGCUACAACUUACACAUUUAGAAAAGCUUUGGGGUAAAAUGAAUCGAUCAGUCAGUGGUCAUGGGCGGAGCUUUAUGAGUUUGAUGUCACAUUAACAAGAGAAUCAAAACAGCAUGUCUAAUGAGACUGAUUUGGUUUAAUGGGGAUUUUUUCACACACUGCCAACACACAUUUAUGUCCAAACACAUUUAUGUGGCACUUAAACUUUUAUUGUUGCUGUUUUUUUGUCAUCAUAUACAAUAGUAGACACAAGUUAAGUUAGUUUUCCAGUAUAUUGUGGUAAAUAAGUAAAGCAUGUACAUAUACUGUAUGUAUCACACAACAUGUCUGUUUUAGUAAGCACAACACGUCAAACCAAAGAUUGGUGUUUGUUAUUAGUUUAAUUUUUUACUGGUAAUAAAUAUCUUUUGGAUUGUU